AUGAAGUUCAAUCAACAAUUGGUGAUUCUUUUCGUUAUUUUCUCGGUCUUUGCAACAUUUGCUUGUGCUCAGAUUCCAGCUCGUCCCACGUGCUCUUAUCCAUUUGAUAAGGAUAUCGAAGGAUUUUUUAUAUCAGCUUCUACAACACCAAUAAUGACAAGUAAUGAAAUAACAUUAUUGCCAGAAACUGCACAAAUGGAAGCUCAAUCAUCAUUCAUAAUAGCUCCGGCGGAGAUAAAUGACAUGGAAUUAAAUAAUUUAUUAUUACUAAACGAUCCAACAACAACCAUGAACACAAAUAUUUUGCAAGAUUUUUCAGAAUUUGCCGAAUUUGCCGAAUUAUUUAAAGAAUUCCCAGGAUCAUUAGCAUCAAUGUCAGAAGAAACUGUUGAAAAUAUUCUAAAUGAUCAAAUUGCUGUUGCUAACGAUGAUGUCAUUACUGCUGAUAGCAUUGUUAAUGGUGGUGGUGAAGUUGCUGAUCAAAGUCAAGAUUUAAUUGCUCAACUUGGAUUUUUCUUUCAAUGA